AACAAAAUAGAACUCCUAAAAGAUGCACCCACCUCUCCAUUAAUGCAUUUUUGACUUUAGCAUUGGCUUCUGCUAAGUGCUAACAUUACCGUUCCACUUUCGUCGUGAACUAAGCCAAUCCGAGCUGAGGGUGCACCGCAGUAUAAUUGACGAUGAGAGAUGACACGCGCCCUUAUUCUACUUCUUCCUCGUCCAGCCAAUGGUUCGCUCACUUUUUGUCAUCCGCUAGGCGGUCCAAACCUCUAGCUACGCCGUCUCAAGCCGUCGCACGGGAAAUAUCCGGCGAGGGUCUCGUCCGCCGCCUUUCCCUUUUCGAUCUCAUUCUCAUCGGUAUUGGAGCCUCAAUUGGAGCUGGAAUCUUUGUCGUUACCGGAACCGUUGCCCAUGAUGCUGGACCAGGAGUCACCAUCAGCUUCAUCAUUGCAGGAGCUUCUUGUGCUCUAAAUGCACUCUGCUAUGCCGAGCUUGCGUCUAGCUUUCCUGCAGUUGUUGGGGGAGCUUACUUAUACACCUACACAGCUUUUAAUGAGCUCACUGCUUUUCUUGUUUUCACCCAGUUGAUGCUCGACUAUCAUAUUGGUGCUGCUACCAUAGCACGCAGUUUAACUAGCUAUGUAAUUAAUGCAGUAGAGCUCAUCCCCUUCCUUAAGGACACCAUUCCCAACUGGGUUGGGCAUGGCAGCAAACAAUAUCUGGGAGCAUUUUCUUUUAACAUACUAGCUCCCCUUCUCCUCAUAGCUCUGACAAUAGUUCUAUGUUGGGGUGUAGGAGAGUCCUCUAUGUUGAAUUCAGUUAUGACUUUGACGAAGCUUUGCUAGGAAUUAUGAAAAGGCACGUGUUCUUUUAAAGUUGACUUAACUACAUAAUAAGAUUUUCUUCAGGUAGUCAUUGUUAUCAUUGUCAUCAUUUUUGGUACUUUUGAGGUUGAUGUUUCUAAUUGGACCCCCUAUGCCCCAAAUGGAUUCAAAGCCAUAUUAACGGGAGCAACUGUGGUAUUCUUUGCAUAUGUUGGCUUUGAUGCUGUUGCUAAUUCUGCUGAAGAAUCUAAGAGGCCACAGAGAGACUUGCCUUUAAGCAUAGUUGGGAGCCUCCUUGUAUGCAUCCUGCUUUAUAUCGCAGUCUGUUUAGUGAUUACUGGGAUGGUUCCUUACAAGUUCCUGGGUGGUGAUGCUCCUUUGGUUGAAGCUUUCAAUGAGAGAGGAUUGAAGUAUGUAUCAGUGCUUAUUAGCAUUGGUGCUAUUGCAGGGCUCACGACAACUCUUAUGGUAGGCCUUUAUGUUCAGUCACGACUAUAUCUUGGGCUUGGAAGGGAUGGUUUAUUGCCUUCAGUAUUUGCGAAAGUACACCCAACAAGGCAUACUCCUGUUCAUUCGCAAAUUUGGGUUGGGAUUGUUGCCAUCAUUCUGGCGGGUCUAUUUAAUGUGGAACACCUUUCUCACAUUCUUUCAGUGGGCACUUUGACAGGAUACUCUGUUGUUUCAGCUUGUGUGGUAUCUCUCCGCUUAAAGGACAAGACUGCAAGUCCUGUCUCUGCAGUGCGAAUUUCAAAGAAGGAUGAAGAAAUCAUUUGCCUGAUCUUACUUGCCUGUUCUGGCUUUGCCGCUGGUGUUUUUUACCGUUUUGGUGCUUCAAUUAUUUUUUUGACUGUAGCUGGACUGACUGCCAUAGUUGCUACAGCAGCUCUUCAUUUCCGGCAAGUGUAUACUGACCCACCAGGAUUUUCUUGCCCAGGUGUUCCAAUUGUACCAGCUGUUUGUAUCUUCCUGAACAUUUUUCUUUUUGCGCAGUUGCACUACGAGGCCUGGGUGAGAUUCAUCAUUCUUUGCGUUAUUACAGUUGUCGGUUAUGCAAUGUACGGACAGCAUCACUCCAAUCCUUUUGGUUCAGACACAUUGCUUGCUUACCAUAGGGCUCCUGGAAAUGAAGCUAACGCGUAAUGCCCUAGCCUUCCGCUCAAUGCAUGUUGAUGAGAGAUGAAUUACUCCCUCCGCCCAGUGAAGUUUAGAUUUUGCUUUUUGGAAACAAAUAUGCCCACUUUCCGCUAUUAAACUACACCAACCUCUUUUUUCUACAUUACCCUUUUCUGAUAAGACAUUUUAUUUGAUUUUAAACCAUUUGCACCGUUUUUAAAAUGAAAUUACUUACAUUGUCGGGAUAAAAAUGGAAAAUCCAACCGUAUUUCAUUUGUUCCAGUAGGGCGUAAAGCAAUUGGGACAUGUACUUGAUUGUUGGACUGUUUGUAAUAGGUGUGUGUAUAUAUGUAGGAGUAUGUGUAUUUGCUUGAAUAAUAGAUCGUCCAAAUACCGGAUCACUUCCAGAAGUGGUCACUUUGUCUUUUCCUGCUAGGCAAUGUUCACUCGAGGGAGGAAUGGCCGUUCAGAAAAACAAUAUUCUCCGUAUAGUUCAGAAAUGUACUGUGGUAAUAAUAUUCUAGUGUUCAUGACUGAAUUCAUCGUUUCUCACUCAAAGCCUCUACAAGAAAAGUUAUGCAUGUCCUCUCUUUUUUUGAUACUUCCCAGUUCCGACUACGCGGGAUAAAGAAGGCGACACAAAAAUUGGAACUUUGUAAUUGAUGUUGGGUGUGUAAAGCAAGAAGUAUAUUGCGCCACAUAAAAAAGCCAUAUAUGGAAUGAGAUAAAUAUUGCGGCAGACCAAAACAAAAGAUUAAGACAAACACAGUGAGAAAGGGAAAAUCAAUUUUGUUUACCUCCAUUCCCUCCAAAUUCCGAAGAGAGUGAUUGUUCACAGUUCACCUGGCUGCCACAUGAUUAGACUCCUACGCCUGGGAGUCUGGGACCAAAAUGAAAAAGUGGAUGGAAGGGGCUAAAAGUCGAGGGGCUCUUGAAGUCUUGAUAGUAAAAAAGAAAGACAAAAGAGGUUGCACCCCUUGUCAGCUGUGAGAAAAAAGAGGAUCCACUAAAAAAAUUAAAAUUUGAAUUGUUAUUGUUUAUUUGAUUUUUGCUCCAACUUUUAUGUACAAGAUUCAUACUAGUAUUCUUUUAUGAUCUUUUAUAUUAAAUAUCUAAGUUAAAAGAAAACUGAAGUUCAAA